CGUGCUCGCUGAUUGGCUGGGCGGCCACGCGGGGAGUCCUCGGGAAGGGAAGGUUCGAGAGGAGGGGAGAGCGGCUGCGCCGGGGGAGCGUCGAGCCGGCCGGGUCAGACAUGGAGGAGCUCCAGCAAGAUUUGGAAGAAGUGAAAGAGCUUCUGAAAAAAGCAACAAGAAAGAGAGUCCAAAGUGUCCUGUUGGCAGAAAAGAAUAAAAUAGAGAAAGAAAUCAAGAACCAGACACCACUCAAAUUAAAAGCAGAUACAUCUGAAGAAGAAAAAACACCACUGACAGGAUACACAGUAAAAAUCAACAAUUAUGCUUGGGAUCAGUCAGAUAAAUUUGUGAAAAUCUACAUCACUUUAAGUGGAGUUCAGCACCUCCCACCUGAGAAUGUGCAAGUGCACUUUACAGAAAGAUCAUUUGAUCUGUUGGUGAAGAAUCUAAAUAACAAGAAUUAUACCAUGACAUUCAACAACCUUCUAAAUCCCAUCUCCGUGGAAAGCAGCUCACGGAAGAUCAAAACAGACACAGUUUUGAUAUUAUGCAAGAAGCAGCGAGAAGAGAAAUGGGAGUGCCUGACAAAGGUUGAAAAGGAGACUAAGGAGAAAGAGAAAGCUUCCUAUGACACAUCAGACCCUAGCGAGGGGUUGAUGAAUCUCCUGAAAAAGAUGUAUGCUGAAGGAGAUGAUGAGAUGAAACGAUCCAUUAACAAAGCCUGGGUUGAGAGUCGAGAAAAGCAAACCAAAGAAGAUUUGCCAGUAGAUCUGUGAAUGAAUGCCAACCAGGCUAGCCAUCCUAAUGUAAAUUUUCUGUAUGGGCUUCUGUUCUGAUGCAGAGAUCUGAAAGCGUUGUGUUUACAUAACCUUGUUUGAAGCAAAGACUGAAUUUUGUGUUUUGAAUUGGAGACUAACACAUCACCGCUGUAAAGCAUUGUCUUCAUGUGUGUUUUUGCCCUUCUUACGGCUUUAAACUUUCCAAGUGCUUUUGUGAAAAUGCCAAAAAUAAGUAAAUUAGCUUGACUGCAUCCCACACCUGCACAAGUUGACCUAAGAUGAGGAAACUUGUAACUCUGAAAAUUGUUGACUUGGUGAAAUGUUCCAACUAUGCGUAAACUGGCAGGUUUAGAAAAGGCAAGCAGAGCGGACCCCGAUUUUUCCUCAGAGAUGGUGUACAUUCCAAGAUCAAUAUUUAGGCUACACUCUUUCACUUGUUAUAACAUUGCUUGGUGUACUAUUCCGAUAUUCAGGAAAAGGAUUACUUUGAAUACUGGCAUGAACAGUUAAUCCCUGCAGAGGGGAAUGGGAGAAAUUGAUAUGCCAUAAGAAGACAGAGUGAGACAUAAGCAAUUGCAGCAAUAUUCGCAGUAACAUCCACAAGGAUCCCUGCCCUCUCGGGCUUAUAGUGAAAUGCUGUGGAAAACGACCCAGCGCAACUGCUGUUCCCAGUACCUCUUAUCGCUUUGUUUUUGGGCCAUGUACUCCUCCUGAUUCUGAUUGCAGUCAUUAUCCAUUUUAAUCUACUAAUUAGAUAUAGUUAAUCUGAAAGCAUACCCUGAAACCCAGUUUGACCAUACAUACUGGUCCUUUUUCAUAUGGGCUAUGGAAUAUGUUCUGCAACACUGUAACAUCAUACACUGAAAUUUAAAUGUGACAAAUGAACUGGAA